AUGCUAUUUCCAUCUAGUGUUCCUGGUUGCACUUUUGAGGAAGGCUCUGACUCUGGGCAAUGUGAGUACGUGCAGGGUGAUGAUGACGAUUUUGACUGGGAGCUUAUCAGAAGUUACGCUACCCCUUACUCUAGUUUGGACUUUCUUCAUGGCUCAUAUAUAAUGGUGAAUUCAUCCAGGCAUGCCCCAGGACAAAGAGCAAACAUUCUUCUCCAAACUUUGAGCGAAAAUGAUACACACUGUGUACAGUUCAGCUAUUUUUUGUACAGCAGAGAUGGGCACAGUCCUGGAUCUUUGAGAGUGUAUGCCAGGGUCAACAAUGGUCUACUUGGGAGUGUAGUUUGGAAUGUCUCAGGAUCACACGGCCGCCAGUGGCACCAGGCGGAGUUAGCUGUCAGCAUUUUCUGGCCAAAUGAGUAUCAGGUCAUAUUUGAGGCUGUAGUUUCCAGUGAGCGCAGAGGAUUUAUUGGAUUAGAUGACAUUCUGAUCCUUAACUACCCAUGCUAUAAAGCACCCCACUUCUCUCGCCUUGGUGAUGUGGAUGUCAAUGCAGGGCAGAAUGCAACUUUCCAAUGUGUGGCAGCUGGGAAGGCAGCUGAAUCUGAACGAUUCCUUCUACAGAAACAAAAUGGAGAAGCUAUUCCAGCAACAUCUGUGAAACACAUUAGCCAUCGACGAUUUCUUGCCAACUUCCAGCUGGAUGAUGUGACAAAGUCCCAACAAGACCUCUAUCGUUGUGUAGCACAGUCUGCAAGGGGUGCAGGAGUAUCCAACUUUGCAGAGUUAAUUGUAAAAGAUCCACCAACACCUAUUGCUCCCCCACAGCUGCUCAGAGCUGGCUCAACAUACCUGAUAAUACAGCUAAACACCAACUCAAUAAUCGGAGAUGGCCCAAUCAUCCGAAAAGAGAUUGAGUACCGAAUGACAACUGGGGCAUGGUCAGAAGUGCAUGUGGUAAACAUGCAGACGUAUAAGCUGUGGCAUCUGGAUCCUGAUGCCGAGUAUGAAAUCAGUGUUCUUUUAACCAGACCUGGAGAGGGUGGUACUGGGAAACCUGGACCACCUUUAAUCAGCAGAACCAAAUGUGCAGAACCCAUGAGAGCUCCAAAAGGGCUUACAUUUGCUGAAAUUCAGCCAAGGCAGAUCACCUUGCAAUGGGAACCAAUUGGCUACAACAUCACUCGUUGUCACACUUACACAGUAUCCCUCUGCUAUCGAUACUCCAUGGGUACUAGUCCAAAUCAAACAUUUCGGGAGUGUGUGAAGAUGGACCCUGGUGCACAGAAAUAUACUGUCCGGAACUUAUAUCCCUACAAAACCAUCCAUGUAAAGCUAAUUCUAACAAAUCCAGAAGGCAGGAAAGAAGGGAAGGAAAAGACAUUUCAGACAGAUGAAGAUGUGCCUGGUGGAAUUGCUUCUGAGUCUCUUACUUUUACCCUUCUGGAUGAUAUGAUCUUUCUGAAGUGGGAGGAGCCAGCCGAACCCAAUGGCCUUAUUACACAGUACGAGGUCAGCUAUCAGAGUAUUGAGUCCUCAGAUCCAGCUGUUAAUGUGCCUGGUCCUCGUCGAACUGUCUCCAAACUGAGAAAUGAAACCUACCAUGUCUUCUCCAAUCUACAGCCAGGAACAACCUAUCUCUUCUCAGUCAGAGCUCGCACUGGGAAAGGCUUUGGCCAGACGGCACUGACUGAGGUUACUACAAAUAUUUCAGCUCCAUCAUUCGAUUAUGGAGACAUUCCUCCACCUGUCAGUGAAUCAGAGACUACCAUCACUGUCAUGUUAAGACCAGCUCAAGGAAGAGGUGCUCCUGUAAGCACUUACCAAGUCAUUGUGGAGGAAGAAAAACCUAAAAAGAUCCGUCGAGAGCUUGGACCUCAGGAAUGCUUUAUGGUCCCUAUUGCUUAUGAAGAUGCUUUAUCUAAAGGAACGUUGCAUUAUUUUACUGCCGAACUACCACCUGAUAGCCUGCCAGAAGCAACACCAUUCACUGUGGGAGACAAUCAGACCUACAACGGCUACUGGAAUCCACCACUGGAACCUAAGAAGGCAUAUCUUGUCUACUUCCAAGCCACCAGCAACCUAAAAGGGGAAACCAGGAUCAACUGUGUCAGAAUAGCAAGAAAGGCUGCCUGCAAAGAGAGCAAAAGAGCCCUAGAAGUAUCACAGCAUUCUGAGGAAAUGGGUCUGAUUCUUGGAAUUUGUGCCGGAGGACUUGUUGUGCUAAUUAUUCUGCUAGGAGCAAUAAUUGCCAUCAUCAGAAAGGGGAGGAGCCACUAUUCUUACUCGUAUUACCCAAAACCAGUAAACAUGACAAAGACACCGCCAACUUAUCGCCAUGAGAAGACACAUAUGAUGAGUGCUGUGGACAGGAGCUUUACCGACCAGAGUACCCUGCAGGAUGAUGAACGUCUCGGGCUUUCGUUUAUGGAGGCCCCCAACUUCAACAACAGAACUGAGCAGCGCACUUCAGCAAAUGAAUCCAGUAGCUUAUUAGGAGGAUCUCCCCAUCGCCUGUGUGGUAGGAAGGGGUCCCCAUACCACACAGGUCAGCUACACCCUGCGGUUCGAGUCGCUGACCUUCUUCAACACAUAAACCAGAUGAAGACAGCAGAGGGAUAUGGCUUCAAACAGGAAUAUGAGAGCUUUUUUGAGGGUUGGGAUGUGUCUAAGAAGAAGGAAAAGUCCAAAUCUAGACAGGAAAAUACACAGACCCAUGAUCGUCAUCGGGUUAAGCUUCAUCCUUUACUUGGUGAUUCCAAUUCAGAUUACAUUAAUGCCAACUAUAUUGAUAUUCGGAUAAACAGAGAAGGUUAUCACAGAUCAAAUCAUUUUAUAGCCACUCAAGGUCCUAAACAAGAGAUGGUGUAUGAUUUCUGGCGGAUGGUGUGGCAGGAGCACUGUUCCAGUAUUGUAAUGAUAACGAAACUGGUAGAAGUUGGGAGAGUGAAGUGCUACAAAUACUGGCCUGAUGAUUCUGAACUGUAUGGCGACAUAAAGGUUACUCUGGUGACAACAGAAACAUUAGCGGAAUAUACUGUCCGAACUCUUACUCUUGAAAGGAGGGGUUAUUCGGCUAGACAUGAGGUUAAACAGUUCCAUUUCACAUCUUGGCCAGAACAUGGAGUUCCUUACCAUGCUACAGGCCUCUUAGCCUUUAUAAGACGUGUGAAGGCCUCAACUCCUCCUGAUUCAGGACCUGUUGUUGUUCACUGCAGUGCAGGAGCAGGUCGGACUGGCUGCUACAUAGUAUUGGAUGUAAUGCUGGACAUGGCUGAAUGUGAAGGGGUUGUAGACAUUUACAACUGUGUGAAGACACUGUGCUCCCGGAGAAUCAACAUGAUACAGACUGAGGAGCAGUAUGUUUUCAUCCAUGAUGCUAUUCUGGAAGCCUGUCUUUGUGGUGAUACUGUAAUUCCUGUCAGUGAAUUUAAACCAGCUUACAAAGAAAUGUUAAGGAUAGAUCCACAAAGCAACUCUUCACAGCUGAGAGAGGAAUUCCAGACACUCAACUCAGUCACUGCACAACUUGAUGUCGAAGAAUGCAGCAUAGCAUUGUUACCUAGGAAUCGUGAGAAGAACCGCAGCAUGGACGUGUUACCACCAGAUCGAUGCCUUCCUUUCCUCAUUUCUAUUGAUGGAGAAAGUAACAACUACAUCAAUGCUGCCUUAACAGAUAGUUACAGACGAAGUGCUGCCUUUAUUGUCACACUCCAUCCGCUGCAAAACACCAUGACAGAUUUCUGGCGGCUAGUAUAUGACUAUGGCUGUACUUCAGUAGUCAUGUUAAACCAGCUCAACCAAUCAAACUCAGCUUGGCCUUGUUUACAGUACUGGCCUGAACCAGGACUGCAGCAGUUUGGACCUGUGCAAGUAGAGUUUGUUUCAAGAUCAGCUGAUGAGGAUGUAAUUACCCGUCUGUUCCGAGUCCAGAAUAUUACACAGCUGCAGGAAGGGCAUUUGAUGGUUCGUCAUUUUCAAUACCUGCGGUGGUCGGCAUACAGAGAUGUGCCAGAUUCAAAGAGCUCAUUCAUAAACCUCUUAACUCAAGUAGACUCCUGGCAAGCUGAGAACGCAGAAGGAAGAACAGUUGUGCACUGUUUGAAUGGUGGAGGUCGUAGUGGUACAUACUGUGCCUGUACAAUGGUGCUUGAGAUGAUGAAGUGUCAGACUGUGGUGGAUGUUUUCUAUGCUGUAAAAACUCUUCGCAACUACAAGCCAAAUAUGGUAGAGACAAUGGAGCAGUACCGUUUCUGCUAUGAUAUAGCACUGGAGUAUCUGGAAUCUUUGGAGACAAGAUAGCACAUAGCAUAGACAGCAAGAUGAAGUACUUGUGAGGCUGUGCCAAACAUGCACGCUGCACUUGGACCAUGAGCUAAAGCUAUUAUGAAAAUUAAAGACUGUAGAUGACAAGAAGUUGGCAUUUCUAAAUGUACUGCAGCUUGUGUUUUGCCUCUUGAAAGCCAACACACACAAACACUUGAUGUGUUCUUGUAUGCCAGUAUCAAAUCCAUUAACUUAAUGGUCUGUAGUAAAGGAACACUUGAGAACUGUAUACAGGCAGUAAUAAGAAGAAGACGUGGGAUUUAAAACUGGACAGUGUGCUUGUUUUUGUUUAUCCAACUGAAUAAGCACAGGGGAGACUAGCUGGAAUAAGAAAAAAAGGAAACCGCUGAUGACCUGUUUCUGUUGUCAACAGGGCUAAUAUCAUUUUUUUUUCUCUCUGAGGUGAAUUUUUGUUGUACAGAAAUCCUGCAGACAAGUCUACAGUGCCUGUCUCUUCUACUGUUCUAAAAAGGCAUUAUGUCUUGUCAUACCAACAAUGUAUACAUGUGCUUAAGUGUCAAAACCUUAAUUCAUUAAACUGCUUCCAGGCUAUAGAAUCGAAGCUUGUCUUUUUCCCACAUUACAUUUGAUUUCUACAGUGUCUGGAAAGUUGUUCACAAAACAUCAGCCUAUUUGUGUCCACGGGAAGGGUCUUGUAAAUUUCAAAAUAAAUUGACUGCUUUCUGUGUUGGACAUAAAUACCCUUCAAUCACUCAAUUGUAACAGUUAAUUCACUCAAACGUCACAAGCACAGCUGCCAUGUUGCCUUCAUGGUAUCAGUUGUGCUGUGAUAUUUUCAAAGAAUAGUAACUUUCUCAAGUCUUAUAAUGGUGCUGCAAGCAAGUAUAAUAUUUUUCUAGAAAUGAUACCGAAAUUGUUUAGGAAAUAUUUGCGCAAUACAUCAACUGCUGUCAGCACUCACGUUUACUAUCUGAUAAUGUUCUGGUUGUUACUCCGUAAAUGUAUUAUAUGUACAGUCAUCACAUUAUUAUAUAUGACCUGUAUGACACCAAAAACAACAUGUUAUUCAUCCUUGUAUAUUCAUUAAUAGGCUACUUUCAAUAUUUUAGUAUGAGUCAUUUUGUCACUUCUAGCUAAUAGCUUUGGUUUACUUUGCCAGACAUGCACCGAGCUUGAUAUCAAAAUGUUGACACCUCAGUGAAGGAGUGCUUUACAGUUAAGGUAUACACUUUUCCUCUGAAGAAACACUAAAGUGCUAUUCCCUGUGCAUAUCUUGAUAUCUAUGCCAUGCAGAAUCAUAUCUAAAGUAAGUAAAACUACUCAGCAGAACUAAAUGUGAGAGAUUUGUCCUGGCAGUAUUCUUGUUCAAAUAAAAUCAUUUCUUGCAACUUUU